AGUGAUUGUUAUAUACCCCCCCCCCCCCCCCCCCCGCACACACACACACACAGGCGCAAUUGAUACUGUACGUGGACAACAAUGAAGGGAUUCUAUUUUACAUAGAUUGAAACAAUUCUAUCUUGUGACGUCAAUGUUGACAUCGUUACCCAGUAUGAUCAAGGUCAAAACAAACUUUAAAACUAUUUAAACAGAUAAUAUAUACAGGCUGACGCACCGCACAGGUAUUUAAUCACAGGACUAGACGGAAGGUCGAACUAACAGGGAGGCCAUGUUGGAUUUUCAGUGAACUCAUGUGACCCCGGACAUCAGAAAUGGACCCGUUCCGCAGAGCCCAGAUUAUCCUAUUGUGUGACCUCUGUAAAACUGCCCACCUACAGAGUCACUGUGAACGUUGUGAUAUAAAUCUAUGCCAGACCUGUGUUGGGAAGCACCUCUCGGAUUCGUCUAUAAGACACAAAGUCGUGCUCUAUAAAUACCGAAAAUCUCUUAACUACUCAACAUGUCCACACCACGCCGACGAACUCUGUAAACAUUACUGUGAGAAAUGUGAUCUUCCUGUCUGUUCUACCUGCGUCUCCUCAAGUAAACACAAAGGUCACGAUAUAUCAGAUAUUCUGGAAAAACUCAGCUCUAAAACAGAAAGUUUACAGAAAGAUCUGGACGAACUCGAGACCAGAAUUUACCCGCGAUAUGAAGAAAUGGCGUCCGAUGUUCAAACUGAGAAAGCCCCGUUAGAAACGAAUUACGGAGAACUAACAACAAUUGCCGAUCAACAAGGAGAAAUCUUACACCGGGAAAUCACCGCCAUUGUCAACCAGCGGAAAUCCGACAUUCAGGAGAUGAAAAACAAACACCUAUCUACCCUGAAUAAAAAUACAGAAGAAAUCACACAGAAAAUGGCGGAACUCAAACAGAUCAUGUCCGACUUGAAAUCAAUCCUAAAAUCAAAUGACGUCUCCUUAACCUCUACUUACAAAUCUAGGAAUUCUGAAUUUAGAACAUUACCGCCUAAAGUCCGAGUUACAGUACCCAGUUUGUCUGCUCAGAAAAUAAACAAAGAUCAGCUCAAUGAGAUGUUUGGUUCUCUGUCGCCAUUAUCCAUUAACACAGAACAUGGCGACACAAUGAAGUCAGCAGAAGCUGUAUCGUCUCCUCCAGUCAAACCACUGCUUGAUGAGCCGCGCGUCACCGCCACCAUAGACACUGGGUAUAGACAACUAUUCAGUGUUAGCUGUCUGAGUGAAGAUCAAGUCUGGACAUGCAGUCAGUUAAACAACACCAUGAAGCUGCUCAACCUCCAGAGUGAACUACUGACAUCUAUACAAACCAAGUCAGGGGACACACCAACAGACAUAGCAGUGACACGGGACGGAGAUCUUGUUUAUACUGACGAUAGUAAUAACACCGUGAACUUAAUUAAGAAUAAACAGAUACAGACCGUGAUCACACUACAGGGGUGGAGACCUCUCUCUGUCUGCAGUACCGCCUCUGACGAUCUCCUGGUUACCAUGGACAGUGAUGAUUACAAACCAUCCAAAGUCGUGCGUUACUCCGGCUCCACAGAGAAACAAAGCAUUCAGUUUGAUGAUCAGGGUCGUCCUCUCUACUCAUCUGAUGCUUACAUUAAAUACCUCAGUGAAAACAAGAACCUGGAUAUCUGUGUGACUGACCAGUCAGCUAGUGCAGUAGUGGUGGUCAAUCAGUCAGGAAAACUCCGAUUUAGAUACACUGGUCAUCUCUCUAAUACCAAGCAAUCAUUUAAACCAGUGGGCAUCACUACAGACAGCCAGAGUCACAUCCUGACAGCAGACCGUCACAAUGACCGUAUCCACAUCCUAGAUCAGGACGGACAGUUCCUCCGUUACAUUCACUGUGAUUUAGAGUCUCCAUUAGGUUUAUGUGUGGACAUCAGAGACAACCUCUUUGUGGCUGAGUGUAUCACUGCUAAAGUGAAAAAAAUCCAAUAUCUAUAAACACAGUGUUAAUUACACAGCUCUACACAGUGUUAAUUACAUGUCUGAAACAUGUUCAUUAAAUAUCUUUACAGUGUGUGUUAAUUACAACAUCAUGUUAAUUGCAUCACUUGUUAAUUUCAACCCUGUGUUAAUUACAACCCUGUGUUAAUUACAGCCCCUUGUUUGUGAUGUGUAAUUAACAUGUACUUCUGCUAGCAAGUUUACUGAAAAUAAGUCAUUCACUGGUGUUUAGUAAAACCUGUAUUGUGUUUAGUAAAACAUCAUUAACCUUAGUAUACUAAUUACUGAUCCAAAUGUGUUACUAGUUAAUUAUCUAUUGAUUUACAAUCUUUUGUGGACUAAUUUGACUGUGUUACUAGUUAUCUAUAUACAAUCUUUUGUGGACUAAUUUGACUGUGUUACUAGUUAUCUAUCUCUAUACAAUCUUUUGUGGACUAAUUUGACUGUGUUACUAGUUAUCUAUACACAAUCUUUUGUGGACUAAUUUGACUGUGUUACUAGUUAUCUAUAUACAAUCUUUUGUGGACUAAUUUGACUGUGUUACUAGUUAUCUAUAUACAAUCUUUUGUGGACUAAUUUGACUGUGUUACUAGUUAUCUAUAUACAAUCUUUUGUGGACUAAUUUGACUGUGUUACUAGUUAUCUAUCUCUAUACAAUCUUUUGUGGACUAAUUUGACUGUGUUACUAGUUAUCUAUCUCUAUACAAUCUUUUGUGGACUAAUUUGACUGUGUUACUAGUUAUCUAUACACAAUCUUUUGUGGACUAAUUUGACUGUGUUACUAGUUAUCUAUAUACAAUCUUUUGUGGACUAAUUUGACUGUGUUACUAGUUAUCUAUAUACAAUCUUUUGUGGACUAAUUUGACUGUGUUACUAGUUAUCUAUCUCUAUACAAUCUUUUGUGGACUAAUUUGACUGUGUUACUAGUUAUCUAUCUCUAUACAAUCUUUUGUGGACUAAUUUGACUGUGUUACUAGUUAUCUAUAUACAAUCUUUUGUAGACUAAUUUGACUGUGUUACUAGUUAUCUAUAUACAAUCUUUGGUGGACUAAUUUGACUGUGUUACAAGUUAUCUAUCUUAUCAAAUCUUUUAAAGAAACGUGAAUAAUUGUGAAGUACUUAGAGUUUUCAUUUUGUUAGUAUUUUGUGUGUAGCCAUGAAUUAUAGUACAUCCACAACACUUACAUAUUAUUUGGAUGUCCUUGUUUUAGUGUGAUAAACUACUAAUUGAACAUUUUUCUUUUUGUUAAUUAUGUAUUUCAAUAUGUGUUAUAAUUUUCAAUGUAUAUAUUAGAUAAACAUGAUACAGA